GUUCUAUUUCUCCCACGUGUUUCUAACUAACCAAGCAUCACCGUUGAUACAGUUCUCACCGGUAUUUUCACCGAAUCCCAUGAAAACGACCUAGUAAAACCUUCUCCAUACCGCCACGUGUUCUCAUUUGAUUGCCUCUUUUUUUUGUUCAGAAUAUAUACACAAAUGAAAUAAAUUUGAAAAAAAAGAGUUCUUUUGUUUUUUGUUUUUGCUGUUUAUCGUUUCUCCCUUCUGGACUGUUGUUCCCUGGUGAUUGAAAAACAAGCCACAAUGCAACCGAUAAAUUCGGUGUUGGUGUCGAGGAUGCUGUCGAGGACGGCGGCGGCGACGGAAUCCGUCAACGGAUUGGAAUCUGUCGGGGGAGGUUUGCCGUUCGGAUCUCUAUGGUGGUUCAUAUACGCCGGCUUUUCUUGUUUUUUCGUACUCUUUGCGGGGAUGAUGUCGGGUCUCACUCUCGGACUCAUGUCCCUCGGUCUCGUCGAGCUCGAGAUUCUACAAAGAAGCGGCACUUCCACUGAGAAAAAACAAGCUGCUGCUAUUUUGCCGGUGGUUCAAAAACAGCAUCAGCUUUUGGUGACUUUGCUUCUUUGCAAUGCUGUUGCUAUGGAGGCCCUUCCUAUAUACCUGGAUAAGCUUUUCAAUGAGUAUGUUGCUAUCAUACUUUCAGUGACCUUUGUUCUAGCUUUUGGUGAGGUUAUACCACAAGCACUUUGCACCAGAUAUGGGCUUGCUAUUGGUGCAAAUUUAUCAGGACUGGUGCGGGUCUUAAUGAUCCUUUGCUUUCCAAUAGCUUAUCCCGUUGGAAAGGUUCUGGAUUGGAUGUUGGGGCAUAAUGAAGCACUAUUUAGGCGGGCUCAACUAAAAGCUCUUGUCUCCAUCCACAGCCAGGAGGCUGGAAAGGGAGGUGAGCUCACUCAUGAUGAGACCACAAUUAUUAGUGGAGCACUAGAUUUGACUGAAAAGACGGCUGAGGAGGCUAUGACACCUAUAGAAUCAACUUUCUCUUUAGAUGUCAAUUCAAAGUUGGACUGGGAGGCAAUGGGUAAGAUCCUUGCACGAGGUCAUAGCCGAGUCCCGGUAUACUCGGGGAAUCCCAAAAACAUUAUUGGACUUUUGCUGGUGAAAAGCCUUCUAACUGUGCGUCCAGAAACUGAGACACCGGUCAGUGCUGUUUCCAUCCGUAGAAUUCCAAGGGUUCCAUCUGACAUGCCUUUGUAUGAUAUAUUGAAUGAGUUUCAAAAGGGCAGCAGUCAUAUGGCAGCUGUUGUUAGAGGCAAAUCUAAGAAUGCUUCUGCUACAGUUGAUGGAGAAAAAAGUGAAGAAAAUAAUAGUCUCUCCAAUGCAGCAGAAUCCCAACUGACUACUCCUUUGCUUCCCAAACAAGACGAGAAGCCAGAGUCUGUAACUGUUGACAUUGACAAGUCUUUCAAGCCUCCUUUAUGCAAGAAUGCUGCAACAAAUGGACCGUCUAUGACAUCAGAGGAUAUUGAAGAUGGUGAAGUUAUUGGUAUUAUCACCCUAGAAGAUGUUUUUGAAGAACUUCUACAGGAGGAGAUAGUGGAUGAAACAGAUGAAUAUGUUGACGUGCAUAAAAGAAUCCGUGUUGCUGCAGCAGCUGCUGCUUCAUCAGUGGCACGAGCACCGUCAAGCCGGCGGCUGACCGUUCAGAAAGGAGUGGAAAUACAAAGUAAACAAGGACAAGGACAUGCCCCAAAAAAGCUUGUGUAAGGUGAUAUCUUACCCCCACAGGGUAAUAGGACCAGCUGAGAACAAGUGGAGUUCUGUUUUUAAUUUUGGUUUCUAACACUGCAAGGGUGGAAAAAAGAAAAGGAACAUAAAAAAGCCUUGUUCAUUAAGUUUGGUUCCUAUGUCUCGAAAUAAAUUUCUUGUGCUUAAUGGUUGAUCUAAAUUUAUAUGCAGGACACGAAACAUGUAAUUAAAAAUCCAAGUUUUUAUUUAUUUAUUCAUUUUUUGGGUGAUGAUAUAUGGAAUUGGCCCUUGGGUUACUUUGGUUUC